AAAUUCCAAAUGGAUCUUCCCCCAAAUAUAAACGAAAGACAGAACAAAGAAGCUCAAGAGGACAGAGUGGACUACGAUCAAGUUGACGAAGAGGUUGUUCAUGAUGUUGUGAACCAAAGACAUGACCAGGACGAAGACGACGCUGAUUUCAGAAUGAACCUGGACAAAGCAGAUCAAAAGUUUAGAGUCAAACGUAAAUAAAAAGUAUCUCUACACAGAAGACGGCAUUAAAAUUGAACCAUUCAAGAUGGACUCCUCUAUGGUCCAAAACAACGGAGGAAUCAUCCUGAUGAGAGAAGAAAAGAAGGACAGCGAUGAAGACGACCCCUGGCUUGAGUCUAUAAAGGAACAACAGGAAGAAAUGCUCAAAGCUCAAGCUAGACGCCAAGUCGACUCUGAUGAAGAAUAUGAAUCUAGCGAUAAUGAUAAAGGCGGCUCAGAUAAAGAUGAAGAGGACAAUGAGUUCCAGACACCUCAAAGGAUCGAUAUCAGAGAAAUAGUUUCUUUAAAAUAAACAAUUAAUCGAAUAUUUAGAACCAAAAGAAAAUGUUAAAGCUGCUUUAAAGAGACUAGGGUCUAAGUCAGAUGGCAACCAGUUCCAAAGAAUUCAAACAAAAUAAGAAGAAUGUAAGAAAAAGAAAGAAGGUUAAUGAGGAAGAAGAAGUUGCUGUCACAGAAGAAACUGAUAAUUCUGAGAAUCAAAAGAAAUUUCAUCAUAUAAUGAAGAUAGCACAAAGACUUUUGACUCUCAAAUACUCAGAUGUGUAUGUAGAUGACAAAGAAUCAAUUCAGUUCGAUAUAAAGCAAUCUGAAUUGAAAAUAAAAAGAGUCCUUGAACAAAAAGACCUCCAAAUAAGCGGCUGGUUUUACCAGCUUAGCACCCCAGAUUCCUCCUCUGAAGCCAAAACCUUCGGUCCCUUCAAGCCUGCCCAGAUGGAAGCUUGGAGGAACCAGGGCUACUUCAAGGAGACUUCUGAUAAGAUCUGAUCCUUCAAGCUGGGAAAAGACCUGAAGGAUGAUAAAAUUGAAUGGAAAUUUAUUAGUGAAAUCACUAAAUUUUAG